UAUGGAUCUAAGCAUUUCCCGCUUCUUCGGUUUUCGGUUGUUUCUUGGCUGUUGAUUAAUGGCUGUUUGUUUUGAACAAUUUAAUUAUAGAGUAAAAUUUUUUAGAUUUUAAUUAUUUCCAUUAUGUUUCGUGUGCGAAGAGUAGAUUCUAAACCGGAAGAUUCCGAUUUAGUUGUUUUUUUACCUAGAAGCAAUUUAGUGGCAGAUUUACGGAGUUACAUAAAACAAGAAUGGGGUGUUGAACCAAAAAAUCAAAAGCUUUAUUAUCAAGGAAAAGAACUUAUAGAUCAACACAAAUUGAUAGAAUAUAAAAUCAAACGAAACCACACCAUACAAUUAAUGGUUAAAGCAUCUGAAGUUGUGCAGUUGGAAUCGGAGGGAUCAAAAUGUAAUGAUUCAAAUUCUGUGGUCGAUAGCAUCCCAAAAUCUUCACCUAGUUCCAGAAAGUCCCAAGAUAAUACAGAGAAUCUGGAAGAUGCUGAAAGUAAAUUUUAUAAUGUUGGGGAUCCUGUUGAUUACAGGAUGGGCGUUGAAGAAGGAUCAGAUGGUGCAUGGUUUGAAAGUGAAAUAAUCAGAAUAACUAAAAAUCCAACUUCCUCAUCAACUGAUAAUGAAGGUGACUUAAUAUUUCAUCUCAAGGUUUUGAGGUAUAACUAUAUGACACCAUUUAAAGCUAAAUUUGAGGACUUACGCCCACGGUCAUUCUACACAUAUGAUUUUGGGGAAUUAAAAGAAGGAAUGAAAGUCCUAGCUAAUGUAAAUAUGGAUGAACCAAAAAGUAGAGGUUACUGGUAUGAUGUCGAAAUAAAAAAAAUUUCCAAGAAAUCUAUUGAUGCUGUUGCAUUUGUAAAUAGAGGUUCAGUUUCUCUUGAGUGCAACUUAUAUUUUAUCAAUGAAAUAUUGAGAAUAGAAAAGCCAGUUCUAAUAACUGCUAGGGAAGACAGUUUGCCUGUACCUCCUCUAAGAACAUAUGUUGCCGACUGCACAUCAUGCAAUGACAAUAGGAAGAGAGAUUGCAAGCGCUGUGGUUGUCAUACUUGUGGCAAAAAAGAUCGACCUGAAGAAUUAUUGCUAUGCGAUGAAUGCAACAUGGGUUUUCAUAUCAGUUGCUUAGACCCUCCCUUGGAAAAGAUUCCAGAAGAGGAUGAAUGGUUUUGUCCCGAAUGUAAAAAUGAUGAGAAUGCUAUUGUCAGGGCUGGCGAAUCUUUAAAAGGAUCAAAAAAAAGAGAUAAGAUGCCCGCAACUAAGCAGUCUGGACGUGAAUGGGAUAAUGGAAUGGCAUGUGCAGGUAGAACCAAAGAAUGCACAAUUGUCCCAAAAAAUCAUUUUGGACCUAUACCUGGGGUAGAUGUUGGUACCAUAUGGAAGUACAGGUCACAGGUAUCAGAAGCUGGAAUACACAGACCUCUUGUAGCUGGAAUCCAUGGUAAGAGUAGUGAAGGAGCUUAUAGUAUAGUUGUGAGUGGUGGCUAUGAAGAUGAUGAUGAUAAUGGAGACGAAUUCGAGUAUACUGGAGCAGGUGGCAGAGACUUGACUGGAAACAAACGAGUGAAUGGUCAAACCUGUGAUCAAAAGUUGACACUGUCGAAUAAGGCCUUAGCCUUGUGCUGCAAUGCGAAAUUCAAUGAGGACUCGGGUGCUGAGGCAUCAGAUUGGAGGGCAGGUAAACCAGUUAGAGUUGUGAGAAAACAUGGAAAAUCAAAAUAUGCCCCAAGCGAUGGUUAUCGGUAUGAUGGAAUCUACAAAGUGGUGAAAUACUUUUCUGAAAAAGGAAAGUCGGGGUUUAUGGUUUGGAAGUAUACCUUGAGACGAGAUGAUCCGAGUCCGGCUCCUUGGACUAAGGAUGCACCAGUUUUCGAUAUUAUCUAUCCUUCCGAUUAUCUGGAGAUCGAAGAGGCAAAAAAAAAGAAGAAAGCUCUUCUAGAACAAAACAAGAAAACAAACAACGGUAAGAAGGAAAAAGAUGAUGGUAAAAAGGGUUUGAAGCGAAAGCAAGUAAGUUUACUUGAUAUGCAAAUCAUAAGUAAAAAACCUAAGCUGGACAAUGAAUUCACUUUGAGUGAUGACUGCAAUAAUUGGAUUGAAAAAGAUAUUGAAAAUGAGCAACAUUGGAAGGAAUGUAAGGAAAAGUUGAAUGAAGGAAAAGCUGCAUUUUUGGACAAGGUGAUGGAAAUUUUUAUGUGCAUCUGUUGCCAAGAACUUGUCAAUAAACCUAUUACAUUAUCGUGUAAACAUAAUGUUUGUAAGGAAUGUUUGAAAAGAUCUUUCAAAGCGGAAAUUUACUCAUGUCCCUAUUGCAGACAUGACUUGGGUAAAAAUUAUGUACUUGACAUCAACAUAGGAUUAUAUGAUGCCUUGAAAGGACUUUUUCCAGGAUACGAAAAAGGACGUUGAUAUAUUCAUAUCUGUUUAUGUUGUAAUUCUAUAUGUUCCAACCUUUACUUUUGUUUGAUUUCUAUAUUUAUUGUUGUGGAUUAUAAAAUUUAAAGUAUUUGCUGGCAAAUGUGUCAACUUGACAGAAUUUCAGAUUUAUUUUUUGUAACUGAUAUGCACUUCAUUGUAUUUUAACAUAAUGAAAUAAACUUCUUUGAAUGUUGCUUUAA